UUAGUUCACUUUCUGCAUUGUUUUGAUAGGCCGACCUACUGUAAAGGCUCGAGGUCCUAAGGAACUCACACCACUCCACGAUAUUUACAGUUAAUUUCUGUACACCACAGGUUUCCAUGUGUAAACAAUGCCAACAUAUGCGGGGCAACACAACGCCGAGGACUGUUAUGGGCAACGCCGACAUUUUGAAGCCCUAAUACUAGGUCAAGCUUUCUUCAUUUUGAUGUUUUCUACCUUUCAACCCUAGCACACACAAUUGCCCCUCCCUUCCAUUCCUUCACCACUCUUCGCAGGCUUUGUUUUGAACCCUCUCCUUUCCUGCCUUGCACCUUCCCACAUAUUAUUACUUACUCAAUUGCUACUAUGGAGGGCAACAAAGAAGGCAAGACAAAAUAUGUUUUUGACGAGUCCAUGCUGGACCCACGUCUAAGAACAGAUUCAGCAAAGAUGCUCGAAAGUGAGAGUAACACCAACACUCAGGCCGCAUCUUCAGGACCUGAAUCAAGCCCUACUGGGCUGACUGGAACAACACCAGCCCUAGCUCCAUUCCCAGCUUAUGUGCCUGAAGGCCAAGGUGAGGCCUGGUGGAAUAACUUCGAAGAUGACAUUAUGGACCAAGAUACAGUCUUUCCCGAGUCUCCAUAUAAGUCGCUGGAUUAUAUCAUCGAUUCUGGGGAUUUGCGAGACGAUGAGCGCACUUGGCUUAUGGGGAUGCAGGCAGGCAUUGGACUCGGCAUCCAUUGUGCAAGAGAAGCCGUCCUUAAUGAGAUGCAGAACGAGAACACCGUGUUCAAACGCCAAAUGCAAAGACACCCAUCCGACCCUGACCCCUUCCAGCUGCGAAUGGAGCUUGGCCGUGAAUGCGAAAAAGGUUUCGACAUACGCGUUGCCUAUCGAGCUGGAAACCGCUACAUCAGAAGCUUGAACCAAGUUGCUGAUACGGUUGUUUACCAUGGCCUCACCGACUGUCUUCCAGGAACUGGAAACCAUUUCGUAGGAACUUCCAUGCUCUUCUCCGAUGAGGAUGUGGCUCGUUGCCGCUCGAAUUAUCGGAUCAUGAGUGAAGCUGCUAGAAUUGCUGCGAGUCAGCCGCAACCUUCCCUUGGUGUGGAUGGCAAUUCUAGCACCGACCAACCAGCUCCGCUCACAGCAUCAUUCUUGGGAGAUGGCAAGAGGAUUGGCAACGUCGACAUGACUCGGCUUACUGGAACCGCUGCUCUCAUUGCGAAUGCUUUCACCUAUAACCCUGUACCCCCAAGCGGGCAACACAUGGCUAGAGGAAGACCCAAUCCAGACGUGGCUUCACUCAGUCGCGAGCUCCCCCCAUGGGAGAACAAAGAUGAAGACGUUGAGGUAAAGUCCAUACGAAGUUCUUAUAUGAAUAAAGGGACCGAUAUUGUCUAACACUUUUAAAGACCGAACCCGAGCCUAUCCAAGGAGUAGAGACGCCUACUCCAAAGCCGAAGGCAGAGCUAGGGCGUGAGAAAGCCCCAAGAAAAGCCACUAGAGCAGUGACUCGAUCAAUGACUGGCCGACGGGCCAAACGAACUUCUCGCGAUGUCAAUUCUCCGGAGAACACGGCAGAUAGUGCGGGAGUCUAUCAGCCUCGUGCCCCACCGACGAAAACAGCGAGUGGCCGUGGCGUGGUGAAGAGAAUCCGCCUCGUAAAUAAGAAGAAACAAGGAGAGAAGAAAUGAGGAGGGAGGGCAGUCUACAGUACUCAUGAGAUUUGGUAGCUACACUGGGAUAAGGAAGGAAUACUGUCACGCAGAUGGAGUCCUGUGUCCUGAAAUGUCUAGCUGUCUCUUUAUUAGGGUGCCGAUGUAGCACUCGACUGCUGUACUGCUUCCUCUGACUUUGCACAUGUUACUGUGCUAUGGUAUCUCGAGAUGAGCUAUGGAAGAUGAUUGCUGACGUUCAGCUACGUCUGCUCAUAGCCGACUAUGUUAGUGAUGGAUCUCGAGAAUUCUAUAGAUAAGAGACAUUGUUGAGAUGCCCGAUCAAUCAAACAGCAUGGAAUUGUGACUGUUGUAGGUCUAGAGAAGUUGGAUUCAAGCGCAGACAUUGUCUU